GCUGAGCCGGAGAGGGUCGGAAAGUGGGUGGAGGCUGAUCACAGGCUUCUGUCGUAUGUGCAAGACUGUAUAUUUAUUGAGAGUCAUUAACAUCUCUCUGUGUUGGAGGGUGCCCUGUGUCUUGCAUGCUGACAAUGAGUGCACGCCUGGGGUUCUGCAUCUCUGCCCAGUGAGAGGAAACUGCAAGGUAGCCAAGCCACCUUGCGCAGUACGAUGGGGGGACAGUUUACCAGAAGCAAGCUAUACGACUCCAUAGGUGGACCUUUUCCUUCUUCCUCUCACCGAUGCCACCACAAGCAAAAACACUGUUUGCCCAUUCCACAGUGUGGCACUCUCUCAAUCAGUCCACUGUUGUUCCAUCCACACACUAAGGGGUCACAGAUCAUCAUGGAUACCACACAGAAGGCAGUCAAGCGGCAGGCCAGCUUCUGCAAUGCCAUCACCUUCAGCAACAGGCCAAUUGUUAUCUAUGAGCAAGUGAGGCUCAAGAUCACAAAGAAGCAGUGCUGUUGGAGUGGGGCUCUUCGACUUGGAUUUACUGCCAAGGAUCCUUCCAGGAUUAAUCCAGAAACAUUGCCCAAAUAUGCAUGUCCAGAUUUGGUUUCUCAGAGUGGAUUCUGGGCCAAGGCCCUCCCAGAAGAGUUUGCCAAUGAAGGAAACAUCAUAGCAUUUUGGGUGGACAAAAAGGGACGUGUAUUUUAUCGAGUUAAUGACUCUGCUGCAAUGCUGUUCUUCAGUGGGGUGAGGACUACUGAACCACUGUGGGCUCUGAUUGAUGUCUAUGGACUCACACGUGGGGUGCAGCUACUAGACAGUGAAAUUAUUCCUCCUGAUUGCCUCCGUCCAAGAUCCUUCACGGCUAUCCGCCGCCCCUCGCUGCGCAGAGAGACUGAGGACACCCGACUGUCUGUGAGCCUUUGCGACCUCAACCUCCAGGAGGAAAACUUCCACGUCAUGGCUGCCAUGUGUCCUAUCCCUCAGAACUCCCUCAACUCCCAACAUUCCCAUCUUCUCCCAUCCCAGCUUGAAAGUGAUCUCCGUUUCCACCAGCUCAGGGGAGCUCAUAUCAAAAUUUUGGAUGACCAGACUGUGGCUCGUCUAGAACAUGCUCGAGAAGAGAGAACUUUGGUUUUUACCAACAGGCCCCUUAGAAUCAAUGAGACUAUGUUUGUCAAAAUUAACAAAUCCAAUACCUCGCGUACUGGAACGCUCUCUUAUGGAGUCACCACCUGUGAUCCUAGCACCCUGAGGCCCAGUGACCUUCCUUAUAACCCAGAGUCUUUAGUGGAUAGAAAAGAGUUCUGGGCAGUUUGUAGAGUCUUGGUGCCUCUUCAAAGUGGAGACAUUUUGGGUUUCAUGGUGAAUUCAGAAGGUGAACUGCAUUUGAGCCACAAUGGAGCGAGUGCUGGCAUGCAGGUCUGUGUGGACUGUUCCCAGCCACUGUGGAUGUUCUUCGGUUUACAUGGAGCAGUGAUGCAAAUACGCGUCUUGGGUUCUACUCUCAUGGCUGAGCGACUGGGCCCAUCUGCACCAAGUUCACCUACUUCAUCUCCAAACUCGCCCUCCAUCCUCUGCAGUGGAGUUUCUGAUCCCAUUCUGAGUACUUGUGGUUCUGGCCCACUUGGCAGCUCAAUUAGUGGCACUGCUCCCAACUCACCAGUCAGCAUGCCAGAAUCUCCUCUUUCCCCUUCCAUCUCAGGGUCCUGGAAUGACGAGUGCACCAUCUGCUAUGAGAACAUGGUGGACACCGUGAUUUACUCCUGUGGACAUAUGUGUCUCUGCUACACAUGUGGGCUCAAACUCAAGAAGAUGGCCAAUGCCUGUUGUCCUAUUUGCAGACGUGCCAUCAAGGACAUCAUCAAGACCUAUCGCAGCACUUAGACAAGCAUGUCAUAAAGGGUAGGGGCUGGGGAGAUCUGCUUUAUGACACUGAGACAUGGGAAAGGGCUGUUCUAGCAGCCAGUUUCCCCCAUCUUCACACAAGUCUUGCAUUUUGAACUUUGCAGCAUGUGGGCAAAACCCAGAGUUUUGAGGAUUACAGAUUUCUUCCGCCCCAGUUACCUAGCAGAGAGUUACUGCCAACCCUUAGAUGUGCAGCCCCCAAGAAAGAAUGGAUGCCAUGCCUUCCCUUACUUUCCCUGCACCUCCCUACUUUUCCUGCCUUCCCUCCACUGGGAUACUGCAAGAAGUAAACAAGGAAGGAAUGCAAAUAUAAUUGGAUUGUGCUUGGGCAUGGUAGCUUGCCCAGUUUGGAAGCCCAAUGGAAAAGGAAAAGGUCAUUUGAACACUAAAACCACUCUGGGGGCAGGAAAACCCACCUGGAAAUAUUCUUUCUCAGUUUUCCAGUCUUCUGGUGUAGCAAGAACAGUCACUGUUCUCCCAACAGUCAUCAGUGGCAACUGGACCCCCUUCUCCCCCCCAUAAGUAUCAGUUAUAUGCAUUCUGUGCUGCCCAUGGCACAGGGUGUGUGUGUAUGUGUACUUUACAACUUUCUCAUUCUACUUUCCACAGGUUCUCCCUUCUCUUCCUUUCCAGCCUGCAGCUCUCCUCCCCACCCCUACCUUUGGCAGCAGAUGGUUUUAUUCCUGCACAUGCCAUCAAUUCCUUCAUCCCUGGCUUCCCUUCUAUUGCCUCUUUUUCUCCCCUUCACCUUUCUUGAGAAUUGCAUCAGUGGCUGGAUUCAAAGGCUAAAGGGUUCCACUUACACCUGCUGUCUAAAAAUCAUGGAGAUCAUUAGAAGCCAUAAGGACAAAAGUUCACAAAGGCUCUUCAGUGGGAUAUUGGGCAUUUGCCUCAACUUAGAAGGAAAGUAAAUUCACUGGAAAUUCAAGAACUUCUGGCCAAAGUGAAUGUGUAUCACAGAGCUUGAUGUAUUUAGUUAUCAAGAGAGAGAGAUCAGAAUUGGAAGUGGGGUUUUUUUUGGUUACUUUUAUAUGCUUACUUGGUUAAAUGAAGGAUUCUGAAGGCACUCUUCCCAUCAUGUGAAGGACCAUAGACCUGGUUUCUCUUGCCUACACUGUUCUGAAUAUGUCUGAUGUGACUGCA